UCAGGCACCAAAGGCUGCACAAAGCCCCGGAUUUCUGCCAAUUAGGCGACAAAAAGUGGACCAAACUUUGUAUGUAAGGCUGAGGAAUUUGCUCUGGGAAUAUCCAUCAACAGAGUGAGUCAAGUUACAGAGAUGAUGGUGAUACAGUCAGUACUUAGGAGAGCAUCACUGGACAUUUCCUCAUUUUCUCCGUGUUCUGAUUUUAGAGAUGGAGCUGUGGAGGCACCAAUGUCGAGGAGGUCACUGUAUGGACUGUAUCCCUACAAGUCCACUAUGAUUGGCUUGGAGAACCUUGGGGAUCCAUCUGGUAACUGGGAUAUAGUGGAGACCAUUGGCAAAGGAACGUAUGGAAAAGUGUACAGAGUGACCAACAAAAAGGAUGGAAGUCAAGCAGCAGUUAAAGUACUGGACCCGAUCAAUCAUUCAAGCCAUUCAAACAGAGAUGUGGAUGAGGAAAUCGAGGCUGAAUACAACAUCCUGAGGUCUCUGUCCAAUCACCCGAAUGUGGUCAAGUUUUAUGGCAUGUUCUACAAAUCGGACAACUUGUCCGGUGGACAACUCUGGCUGGUCCUGGAGCUGUGCAACGGCGGCUCUGUCACAGAACUCAUCAAAGGCCUGCUCAUGCGAAGCCAGCGUCUGCAGGAGCCCGUUAUCUCAUACAUCUUAUACAGUGCCCUCUUGGGCCUCCAACAUUUGCACAACAACCGCAUUAUCCAUCGCGACGUCAAAGGCAACAACAUCCUCCUGACGACUGAGGGAGGAGUCAAACUGGUUGACUUUGGUGUUUCAGCUCAACUGACCAGUGCGAGACUGCGGAGGAACACAUCAGUUGGGACUCCAUUUUGGAUGGCGCCUGAGGUCAUAGCCUGUGAGCAGCAAUAUGACUACUCUUACGAUGCCCGCUGUGAUGUGUGGUCGCUUGGCAUCACAGCCAUCGAGCUGGCAGAUGGAGACCCCCCCUUGGCUGAGAUGCAUCCAGUUAAAGCCCUCUUCAAGAUCCCACGAAAUCCGUCCCCUACAUUACGAAAUCCAGAGCAAUGGUGUCGAAGUUUCAGCCAUUUCAUCGGCCAGUGUCUGAUAAAAGAUUUUGAGGCACGGCCAUCUGUAAUCCACCUCCUGGAGCAUCCCUUCAUCAAACAGGCCCAUGGCAAAGACAUGGCCCUCCGUCAGCAGCUGGCUGUUCUCAUCCGGGAGCAGCAAGAGCUGGGCUGCAAAACCAAAACAAAGCAUGAGAGGAUCAAUACUCGUAAAACCCUCAUAAUAGAGAGGUGUCCUGAUGAUGAUCUGGUAAACCUGGAGUUUUUAGAUGAGGAGACAAUAAUUAGUCAUCUCCAGAAGAGAUAUGAUGAGCUGCAGGUUUAUACUUAUGUUGGGGACAUCCUGAUUGCUCUCAAUCCUUUUCAGAACCUCAGUAUCUAUUCUCCCCAGUUCUCCAAGCUGUACCAUGGUUUGAAGCGAACAGACAACCCUCCACACAUCUUUGCCACUGCAGAUGCAGCCUACCAAGGCAUGGUGACCUUCAGCAAAGACCAGUGUAUUAUCAUCAGUGGGGAGAGUGGUGCUGGGAAAACUGAAAGUGCUCAUUUGAUUGUUCAACACCUUACUUUCUUGGGAAAGGCAAACAAUCGGUCUCUGCGUGAGAAGAUUUUGCAGGUGAAUCCCCUUGUAGAAGCCUUUGGAAACGCCUGCACAGCUAUUAAUGACAACUCCAGUCGCUUUGGCAAAUACCUGGAAAUGAAGUUCACUCCCACUGGUGCAGUCAUUGGGGCCAAGAUAUCUGAGUACCUGUUGGAGAAAUCGAGGGUCAUCAAACAGGCUACGGGUGAGAAAAACUUCCACAUAUUUUAUUACAUUUAUGCUGGACUUUACCACCAAGAUAAACUGAAGACUUACAGUCUACCAGACAGGACUCCCCCUCGGUAUAUUGACAGUCAGCACUGCAAAGUGAUGCAAGAUAUUGUCUCCAGUAAACUGUACAAGGAGCAGUUCGAUGCAAUUCAGGAGUGUUUCCGAAACAUCGGCUUUACUGAAGAGGAGGUUACCUCAGUUUACAGAAUUCUGUCAGCCAUUUUGAACACAGGCAACAUUGAAUUUGCUUCCAUUACAUCCCAACAUCAGACAGAUAAGAGUGAAGUGCCCAACUCUGAGGCCUUAGAGAACGCUGCCUCUCUCCUCAGCAUCGGCCCUGAGGAGCUCCAGGAGGCGUUGACCUCUCAGUGUGUGGUCACCAGGGGCGAGACUAUCAUCCGCACCAACACUGUGGACAAAGCUGUUGAUGUGCGGGACGCCAUGUCCAAGGCCUUGUACGGUCGCCUAUUCAGCUGGAUAGUGAACCGCAUCAACUCUCUGCUGCAACCUGACAUGAAUAUUUGUGCUGCAGAGAGUGGCAUGAAUGUGGGAAUCCUGGACAUCUUUGGAUUUGAAAACUUCAAGAAGAACUCUUUUGAACAAUUAUGCAUCAACAUUGCAAAUGAGCAGAUCCAGUUUUACUUCAAUCAGCACAUAUUUGCCCUUGAACAGAUGGAAUACCAGAGCGAGGGAGUUGAUGCGAGCCUGGUAGAGUACGAGGACAACAGGCCCAUCCUGGACAUGUUCCUCCAGAAGCCCAUGGGUCUGCUGUCGCUGCUGGAUGAGGAGAGCCGCUUCCCUCAGGCCACAGACCACACCUUAGUGGAUAAAUUUGAGGACAAUUUACGCUGCAAAUACUUCUGGAUACCUAAACGUAUGGAGCUUUGUUUUGGAAUUCAGCACUAUGCAGGAAAGGUAAUGUACAAUGUAAAUGGAUUUCUGGAGAAAAACAGAGAUACUCUUCCUGCCGACAUUGUUGUGGUGUUGAGAACAUCUGAGAACAAACUUCUGCAGCAAUUGUUUUCCAGCCCUUUAACUAAAACAGGAAAUUUGGCCACUUCCCGGGCCAGAGUCACUGCUGCAUCCAGAUCUCUGCCACCACAGCUCGGCUCAGGGCGGACCAAGUCUCCCAAAUACCUAUUGAAGGUCGACACCAUGGAGAUGAUGCGUCACCCAGAGGAAACCACCAAUAUGAGGAGACAGACAGUGGCCUCCUAUUUCCGUUAUUCCCUGAUGGACUUAUUGUCUAAGAUGGUGGUGGGCCAGCCACACUUUGUGCGCUGCAUCAAACCCAAUGACGACAGGCAGGCUCUGCGCUUCUGCAAGGAGAGGGUGAUGGUGCAGCUGCGCUACACAGGCAUCCUGGAGACGGUGAACAUCCGCCGGCAAGGCUACUCGCACCGCAUCCUGUUUGAAGAGUUUGUCAACAGGUAUUACUACCUUGCAUUUAGAGCUCAUCAGAUGCCUGAGACCAGCAAAGAAAAUGCUGUUGCCAUACUGGAGCGGGCCAAACUAGAAGACUGGGUGCUGGGGAAGACCAAGGUUUUCCUGAGGUACUACCAUGUGGAGCAGCUCAACCUGCUGCUGAGGGAGGUGAUAGCACGUGUGGUGGUGAUGCAAGCUUAUACUAAAGGUUGGCUGGCAGCCCGACGUUACCGUAAAGAGAAGGAAAAGAGAAACCAUGGGGCCAUUAUCAUCCAGUCAGCCUGGAGGGGCUAUGCUGCCCGUCAGAACCUCAAGCAAAUCAAAAAGGAACGGGAAGAGGCUGCUGUCCGCAUACAGUCAGCUUACAGGGGCCAUCGGGUGCGUCGGGACCACAAACCCCAGAGGCCUAAAUGUCACCCUGAGGCUGGAGAAAAGACCACCAAGAAGGAGGAGCAUGCUGGGUCGGACAGCUCAAACAGCAAAGAGGCACAUACUGAUCACAAACACAGUGGAAAUGUUGGCCCCGACAGCCGAGACAGACAAGUGAAAGACAUCAAGAGAGACAAAGGCAGAGCAGAAGACAGUGUAACGAAGCCUUGCAGGGAGACAGCUAGACUGCGAGACACGCAGUGUAAACAAGGUCCAGUGAUGAAGCUACAGCAGAGAACUCCUCGCCGGCGGGGCCAGCAGCCCAAGCUGCUCAACAGCCCUGAAGACAGCCUCUACUACAACCAGCUAAAUAGAACUCUGGAUUACCAGGGGAGUAAGAGGAAGCCGAGAAAACUUGGUCAAAUCAAAGUGCUGGAUGGAGAAGAUGAGUACUACAAAUUACUGUCAACUGUGGAGUCAAUCCCCGAGGAAGAGUACCCGACUGCACCCCCCUCCCACCCUUUCUAGUGGGCCUCUCGACAACCAUGUCAACCGAUUGCCUUCUUCAACUCUGUGCUGGAUCAGAACCAAAAAAAUCUGCAUCAACAACACUCCAUAUCUGUAAAUGUUUAUUUAUUAAUAGCUGUUUUAUAUGAGUCAAAUAAAUGUGUUUAAAAU